CGCGCUAGGACCCAGCCGCGGCCGUCGGUCCGUCCGUCGGGUGGGGCUGGAGCGCGGCGCUGGCAUUUCGCUCCUUCCCGCGUGAAUGGGGCCGACGGUCGGACGCCGCUUCCUCGGGCCGCCCAACUCUCUGCGCGGCAGCUGCGUUCCCGCCGCGUGGGACUGAACGGGCCAUGGUCGCCCCAUGUGGAGGGCAAAGUUGCGCCGGGGAACUGGCGAGCCUGCGGUGAAAGCUCUGCCUCCUGUCUGUUACGGCCGUGGCAGUCCCACCCAGAUUCUAGAAGAACCCAGCUGUUUUUUCUCAGAACUUCAGCUCUUUUCUGGGAGGCAUGAAGCAUCUGCUUUGACUGUGGCAGCGAACGGUAGCCUCAGGGAAAACAUUGUUGAAGAUCCUCUUUGUAACUUCGUCUCCCCAAACUCCCUGAGGGUCUCGGAGGUGGAGAUGAGAGGGUCCGAGGAUGCGGCAGCUGGCACAGUGUUACAGCGGCUGAUCCAGGAGCAGCUGCGGUAUGGGACCCCAACCGAGAACAUGAACUUGCUGGCCAUUCAGCACCAGGCCCCAGGCAGUGCAGGACCAGCCCACCCGACAAACAGCUUUUCUUCCACGGAAAAUCUCACUCAAGAAGACCCACAAAUGGUCUACCAGUCAGCACGCCAGGAGCCGCAGGGUCAGGAGCACCAAGUGGACGGCGCGGUGAUGGAGAAGCAGGUCCGCUCCACGCAGCCACAGCAGAACAGUGAGGAGCUGCCCACUUAUGAGGAGGCCAAGGCCCAGUCACAGUUCUUCAGGGGGCAGCAGCAGCAGCAGCAGCAGCAGGGGCCCCCAGGCCACGGUUACUACCUGGCUGGGGGCUCCAGUCAGAAGUCUCGCACUGAGGGGAGGCCUACGGUGAGCCGAGCAAGCAGUGGACAGGCACAUAAGGACGAGGCGCUGAAAGAGCUGAAGCAGGGCCAUGUCCGCUCCCUCAGCGAGAGGAUCAUGCAGCUGUCCUUGGAGAGGAACGGUGCUCAGCAGCACCUCCCUGGCUCGGGGAGUGGGAAGGGCUUCAAGGCAGGAGGGGGACCCUCGCCAGCCCAGCCUGCGGGGAAAGUCCUGGACCCCCGAGGUCCUCCACCUGAAUACCCCUUCAAGACCAAGCAAAUGAUGUCCCCAGUCAGCAAGAACCAAGACCAUGGACUUUUUUACAGUGACCAGCAUCCUGGGCUGCUCCAUGAGAUGGUCAAGCCUUACUCUGCCCCUCAGCCUGCGAGAACAGAAGUGGCCGUCCUGAGGUACCAGCCACCCCCGGAGUACGGGGUCACCAGCCGCCCAUGCCAGCUUCCGUUCCCGUCAACAGUGCAGCAGCACAGCCCCAUGUCCUCUCAGACCUCAUCCAUCAGUGGGCCCCUGCACUCCGUCUCCUUGCCGCUACCACUCCCAAUGACCCUGGUGACUCAGCAGCCCCCUCCCACUCCCUCCCCUAGCCAGCAGCUUGGUCCGGAUGCCUUUGCGAUUGUGGAGCGGGCCCAGCAAAUGGUGGCGAUACUGACAGAGGAGAACCGGGCGCUUCACCAGGAACUGCAGGGCUACUAUGACAAUGCCGACAAGCUCCACAAGUUUGAAAAAGAACUUCAGAGAAUUUCAGAAGCCUACGAGAGUCUGGUCAAGUCUACCACCAAGCGCGAGUCGCUGGACAAGGCAAUGCGAAACAAACUGGAAGGCGAGAUCAGAAGGCUUCACGAUUUCAACAGAGACCUGCGAGACCGGCUGGAGACAGCCAACAGGCAGCUGUGCAGCAGGGAGUACGAGGGGCGUGAGGACGGAGCUGCCGACGGUCACUGUGCCUCCCAGAACAAAGAAUUCUUGAAGGAAAAGGAGAAGUUAGAAAUGGAGUUAGCAGCAGUGCGGACUGCAAGUGAGGACCAUCGAAGACACAUUGAGAUCCUGGACCAGGCUUUGAGCAACGCCCAAGCCAGAGUCAUCAAGCUGGAAGAGGAGCUACGAGAGAAGCAGGCGUAUGUGGAGAAAGUGGAGAAGCUGCAGCAGGCUCUGACACAGCUGCAGUCUGCGUGUGAGAAGCGAGAGCAGAUGGAGCGUAGGCUGCGGACCUGGCUGGAGAGGGAGCUGGAUGCACUGCGGACCCAGCAGAAACAUGGAAGUGGCCAGCAAGCUGGCAUGCCAGAACACACUGCUCCGGCCCUCAUGGAGCUGGUACGGGAGAAGGAAGAGCGGAUCCUGGCCCUGGAGGCUGACAUGACUAAGUGGGAGCAGAAGUGCCUGGAGGAGAGCACCAUCCGGCACUUCGCCGUGAGCGCUGCCGCCACGGCCGCAGCUGAGAGGGACACCACCGUCAUCAACCACUCCAGGAAUGGGAGCUACGGGGAGAGCUCGCUGGAGGCCCACAUCUGGCAGGAGGAGGAGGAGGUGGUGCAGGCCAACAGGAGGUGUCAGGACAUGGAGUACACUAUUAAAAAUCUACAUGCCAAAAUCAUAGAGAAGGAUGCCAUGAUUAAGGUGCUGCAGCAGCGAGCCCGUAAAGAUGCUGGCAGGGCGGAUUCCUCAAGCCUGCGGCCAGCACGCUCUGUCCCGUCCAUCGCAGCGGCCGCUGGGACUCACUCCCGCCAGACCUCACUUACCAGCAGCCAGCUGGCUGAGGAGAAGAAGGAAGAGAAGACCUGGAAGGGCAGCAUCGGGUUGCUGCUAGGGAGAGAACACCAUGAACAUGCUUCUGCCCCGCUGCUGCCAGCCCCGCCCACCUCUGCGCUGUCCUCUGUGGCCAUGGCCAUGGCAGCCAGCAGCGCCCAUGCCAAGACGGGCAGCAAGGACAGUAGCACCCAGACAGACAAGAGCACGGAACUCUUCUGGCCUAGCGUGGCCUCCCUUCCCAGCCGCAGCAGGUUGAGCACAACUCCUUCCAACAGUCCUGUCCUGAAACACCCAGUGACCAAGGGGACCACGGAGAGACUGGAGAACGCUCCUGGCCAUGGGAAGUCACUGGACCACAGAGGCCGCGCCAGCAGCUCCCUGCAGAAGCCUGAGUUCCCUGAUGGGGAGAUGGUAGAAGUGCUUAUCUAAUGCUGCGUCGCCCUGGCUUUCAUACCGCAGCACUGGCAAGUCAGGAAAGUGGCAGAGCAGGAGAAAGAGCAAGAAGGGUGUGGAUGGGAAGCCAGGAAUGAUGUGAAUUGAUAAAGAUUUCAGAGUAAAACUUUUUAUACAUGCUAAAAACAAAAAAUAGGAGACCUACAUGGCUGGAGAAGAGAGAAUGCUAUGGAUUUUCUUGCAUAAAGGGAAAGAAAAGACGCAUGUAGGUUUGGAAACAAGUUAAGAAGAACAGGAAAUGGAGCUUUUCACCGCACAGAAGCUGUGUCUCCUCGGAGCCUUGCUGUAGUCCCUUUCUUUGGUUAUAAACAGAAGCUAGACGUGUACUUUCCUA